AUGGCCUCUUGGAGAGAUAUGGAAGACAACAGCGAGGAGGAGCAGACCUACACCGACAUGGACGUGGAUGUUGAUUUGUUAUUGUUAACUGAAUGUGCUAUUGUUGACACUAGAUUAUGCAGUGAUUUAGUGGGUAGAACAUUCAUUCGCAGUAGCACAUUCAGUGAUUUGCUAUUGGGAGGUAUUGACUGUGAAGUGAUUCAGUGGGUUGAUGGUCCUUGGCUUGUCAUACUUCAGAGGUGCCCGACAAAACUGUGGGAGAUGUUUCAUGACCAGAACUGUGGCAGGGUGAUGGAUAGACAGGCUUAUGGCAAAACAAUAGACAAACUGGAGAAGCAAAAUAAAUUCCUGGCCAAUCAAUUCAGUGACAUGGUUGAGGAAGUUGGCCAGCUUUUUGAUUGGCAGGAUGGAAAGGUGCAGCAUAUGGAACAUGAGAAUGCAACAAAGCAUGCUGAAGAUGUCAAGACAAAGCUUGCAGAGUUAGAGGAGCAGUGCAAGAUGGAGCUGAAGAUGGAGAAGUUGAGGUUGGCCAAGGAGCAGAGGUGCAUCCUGAGUUCUCAGGUAGAUAUCAUCAGGAACACUAGGAAGGCCAUGAAGGAGGUCAAGGAGGACAGGGAUCUUCUUCGAGAGGAGAAGAAGAACCUUGAGAGUGUGAUUGCUGAAUUUCUUAAAGGUGGGCAUGGUAGCAAGGAGAAGCUUCAGAAGAUCAAGUCCAUCCUGGAGGAGUGA